UUAAAUUUUUAGAAAGUUUUUGUUAGAUUUUUUCUCAACAUUUUUUAUAACUAAAAAUAAAAUUUAAAUUUACAGUUAAAAUUAAUUUAUUAUUAAUAUCUUUAUACUUAAUAGAUUAAUGUAAAUAAUUAAAUAAAUAUAAUUAAUGAAAUGGAUCUAAUAAGGAUAUUAUGAUUUUUUUAUGGUAGAUAAAAAUGGUACUUCUUUUUAAAUAGAGAAGAUAAUAAAACAUAGCAUAUUUGCCAACAAAUAUGUGAAAUCGCUAGAACAUACAAUUAUUUAAUUUUUGCCAAAACGUUAUCGUUCAAGGAAAUCCUGAAUAUAUAUAUGUCUUGGAAGUUCUUUAAACAAUGCUUUCUGAUCUUCACUUAGGAAUAUCAAAAAGUCCAUCACCGUUUUCACCGUCAAGAUGUGGCUUUUCCGGCUCAUCUUGCUUCUCCUUGGUUAAUGGUUAUAUCCUUAGAGCCUAAGAAACUGGGCUGAUUCGUUGAAGACAUUAGCCUUGUCCACAUUCUAUCCUGUAAUCACCACAUUGUUCUGUUUCUCUGUUAUCCUCUGCAACAACAAAAAAGAACAGGUCAGGACCAUCACGCAAGACCACUGUUCUGUUAUGUCGAACCAGAUUAUUCCACUGUAGCAUCCAUGACCACAACUCGGAUCCUUCCGGGAUUGAAAGCCGAAAAGCAUUUGAUUUGUCAGUAACUUACGUUGUAUGGAAUGUUUGUUGGUCUUCCAUUGAUAAGAUCACUGGUGUAUUCAGUGUAACCAGCUAUUGCACCAUGAACAACGCUCCAAGCAAGAAGUGUAUCUGUAAACAUGGUCUGAUGCAUUGGUUGAACAACCCGAAUCAUGUAUGUAGGAUCUAAAAGCAAGAAAUGAAGAAAUGAGUUUACAAUAUCAAGAAAUGAGUUGAAAAGUGGGGAGAAAGAGUUAUGGAUUUUGUUACCUAUGUAUUUGAGAUUCUUCACCAUGUUAAGCUUCUUAAAAUGAUCUUAUCACCAGAAAAAAUAAAAGAAAAACAUUAUGAUGAGUUUUAAAGGUAUUAACGUAUCUCUUGGAUCAAAAUAGAAACAGAGCAAAGGAAACAAACGUGAGAGAACUAAUAAUGGAGUCUCUCACCUCCCACUCUUGUGAUCUAAUCUCUAGAUAAGGAUCUCUCUUAUUAUCAUUUCUACUUAUAUACUACUUAUGCAUGGAAUAGGCUAAAGACUCAUGACCCAGCACAUUUACUCUAACCCAUUAACCACUUUGUAUCUUCUGAAAAUGAGUCUCGUAACAGUUAUCUGGAAUGGCACAAGAGAAAGUUUGAAUCUAAUUUUUACCUUGAUGCUUUGUGGUAGCCAGAAGCCGACAUCUUUAAGAAGCUUGUAAUCAGAGGCGUCAGCGUUAAAAUCAUGCUUUUGCACAUCAACUCUUGUCCUGCUUCUUCAGCAAGAACAAUCACCAUGUGACCACUCAACCUUGAUCCGUUUAUCAAAGAACUCCAAGAGUCCAACUUCCCCUAGAGAUAAGAGGCUGACUAAGGAGUAAGGCAGCCGUAGACAUCUCCGCUAGCCUAUGUAGCAUGCAUUGCUAUGAAUCAAAGGUCUUUAUUUGUAAUGUUAAAAGCAAAAACACUUAAGAAAAAACUUACACUGUAACGACCCAUAAACUUAACAUACCCGAUACCAUUCUCAUUACUCUCUGCUUCAACAUGUGAUGUGUUGAUGCUCGGUGAUCCUCCUCAACAAACCUGUAGUAUAUAACACACCAGGACCGUUGAUGCAUGAUUCUCAUUCCACGACGGAUGUUCCCAAAAGUGAGAUGUCAUCUUUGACCUGUUGUUAUUGUAGUGCUCAAGGAAUGGUUUCAUUCAACUAUCAGUGGCUAUACAUAAAGAACAUAACUUGUUUAACCUGGUCACUCGUUGCUCUUGGUGACAUCAAUACCAAUAAUCAGAUACGAGGACUCCAAACCAGCAUGUGGAAGAGCAGAAGCAACCUGUCAAGAGAAAGAAAAUCAAGCAAAACCCCCAAUAGACAUAAAUAAACUCACAUAAACCAAGACAAAAGAAGUUUAUGUGAUUCAAACCUCAUCUUUGAUGGAGCGGUAGUUAUCACCAACCCGUGAAAACUUGCUCUCAAGAUUAUUCUGAGGAUUAUUGGAGGGUGCAGUACCUAACACAAAUAUUCUUAUGUCUUUUUGUGUCCUAGAUUUGGAAAACAACAAAUAAUUUAUAACAGAGCCUGACCUGAGCCUGACCUGAGCCUGACCUGAGCCUGAAAUUAAAUAACUUAACACGCACGUACGUAGUGAUUAGAGAAAAGGAAAAUCACUUUGAAAUUUUCCUUUUUUUUUCCUUACCCAACUCCAAGGCUCCAUUAUAAAUACAAAGGGGAGCAUUAAUCACUAUCACCGAUUAUUCAUUCAUUCGCUCGUUGUUGCUUCCCAUAAAAAAAACUAGGUUUAUUGUUUUUCUAUUUCAAAGUCUUUCGGUUGUGGUUGAUUCAGACACUUACCGUAGUUGUGUUUCGUCUUCUCCUUACAACGCCAACAGAAGCUAUGGGGUCGUUUAUAAAGCAAUUAUUCUUUAGUUUAUUGGAAAAAACCAAAGGAAGAAACAAACUCUCGAGUCUCAACAAGGAAGAAAAGAAGAAGAAGAAGAAGAUGGAGAAGAAGAAGAAGAUGAAACUACACCUAGUGCUUGACUUGGAUCAGACGCUUCUCCACUAUGUCCCUGUUUCAGAGCUUUCUGAUAAAGAAAAAUAUAUAAUGCAAGAACUUGAUUCAAGGGGUGAUCUACUGAGUUCGUUUAACGGAGGAACUCCCAGGCAUCUGAUAAAGUUACGACCUUUCCUCCGCGAGUUUCUGAAAGAAGCCAACAAGCUUUUCCGCAUGCACGUUUACACGAUGGGCACGUACGGCUACGCGCGGUAUAUAUUGAGUGAGAUUGAUCCUGGUAAAAGAUAUUUUGGAAAUAGAGUCAUAACCAGAGAGAAAUCCCCUCAUAGCAAGACUCUUGAUCGUAUCUCUGCUGAUCAACGAAGAGUGGUUAUUGUUGAUGAUAAUGCUAGUGCUUGGCCUCAACACAAGCCAAACUUGGUGCAGGUCAAACAGUACAUUUAUUUCAGAUACCAGAUGACGAAUAAUGAUUCGGAAGAAGAAUUUUACUCUCACGCAGAGAAGAAGAGCGACGAGAGUCGAAGCAAUGGAUCAUUGUCUAAGGUUCUCAAAAUCCUUCAAAAAGCUCACACAAGAUUCCAAGAAGAAGAGGAUUCUUACGACUUGAGGCUUUUGAUACGUGACUGAUCCUCCCUCCUUGUGUCUUGUUGAUUUUGACUUUCACUUCAGAAAACUAACUGCUAUUUUUGUUUGCAAUUUCUCAAAAUACACACACAAUAACAAUUAAUGCAAACUUUUCAAUCAAAAUGCUUGUUUGUUUUACUCUA